GGCCGAAGACUGCGACAACUCUGAAGCAGAAGAGGAAUUUGACGACGAUCUUGGCACUGCUACUGAUGCAAAGAACGAAAUCUUCGUGCCAGGGAAAGAAACUCUCUUCUUUGACGGCGUCGCUUCCUCGAAUGGAAACACCGGUUCCGGCUCCAGCAUGACCACAACUGCUGCUUCAGCGGAGCUUGUGGAUGAGACGAUGAAAUCAAACAAGCCGGCUCCAAUGAAAAAGAAGGCUUUAUCGAAAAAAGGACGUUUGGCUGCCCUGCGCAAGCAACUCACGGAGGCCACUGAGGGAAAGGCUAGCGCUAUUAAUGAGGUUAGAAAAACUGGGGCAAAACUUGACGAACGAAGAAAAGAAGACACGACUGCAUCAACAAAACCAACAAGAGCUCCUGAUGCGGUUCAAAACAAGGAUGAGGAGGAGGAACUGUUGCCAGAGGACAUUUUCACACUUGAUGAGCAUGAAGACCGCGUGGCCUUGGAGCAUGGUGAAAGCGACGAUGAAAACGGACCUGAGAAGCCAGCGGAUGUGAAAAGCGGG